UACUGAAACAGUGAUCCAUCAAAGUGGCGGAGGAGCAAUGGCAUCCCUAACGCCUGGCGUGCUAUCGAAGCUCCUGGACAAUGUGGGCAACAAGGACGUUAAGGUGACCGGAGAGCACCGGUCGGCGGUGCUGCAAGUCAUCGAGAUCGUGCCCUGGCCGGGAGACGAAGACAAUGCCUGGAACUGGAAGAGUAGACCCAGAGGCUUCUUCUUGAAGUUGUCUGACUCACUGCAUUCGGCCUACGUGUCCAUCACAGGAAACGACGACGACGUCGACCUGGAUUUAAUAUACAGCGACAAGAUUCAGCUGGGGCAGUUGGUGUACGUGACUCAGCUGGAUUCGGCCUCCCCUGUGCCGGUCCUUCGCGGGUUGAAGCCCAUCCCCAAGAGCAAGAGGGCUCUCUCGCCCUCACCCCCUCUCUGCCUUGGCAAUCCCAAUCCCAUUCAUUUGCUCUCCACCGCGAGACCACCUGUUGCAGCGACUCGUACAAAAACGAAACCCUCUAAUGCUAACAGGAAAGAGGGCAAUAACAAGGCCAAGCCAAAGCCCAAGUCCAAGUCCACACUCAGUCCACAGACCACUGAUAAUGAAAGGGCAAGCAGCAAUAGGUUGGCGGUGGUGGACUCAACAAGGAGGCUGAGUUUGGAUUCAGCCAGGAAGGCUUGGGAUGCACGGACUACUACGUCUACCUCGCAUUUCAAAUCUCAGUCUAAGCACCUUUCUUCCAUUCCUUCACUACUUUCUCCCGCUGUGGUUUCUGAUAAGAAGGUUUUUACUAAGAACAAUUCACAUCUUAAGCAUCCAAGUAUGAGCGUUUCACCACUGAAAAAUAAAAAUGAGACCAUUUCGCCAAAACCAACGAAUAAGUCUUCCAAGAAAGAAUUGAAGUCCUUGCCUGAGGGAGCUCUUUUGAACCAUCUUAUUAGGCUGCCCCUAAGUUUCAAAACUUGGUCCGAUCAAAAAAUUCCUUGGAAUGCUCUCCCAUCUAUCAUUAGUGAUCUUGGAAAGGGAGCUAUUUGUCAUAGGAACGUUGCAUUUUCUGGUGCUGUACGUGCACUAGAAGAAGCAUCAGCUGCUGAGGGUGUCAUUCAUUGCAUGUGCAUGUUUGCAGAACUCAGCGAGUCCUCUCACAAAGUUUCUGCAGGACCAGUGGUUGAUAAAUUUUUGGAGCUCCAUCAGAAUAUGGUGAGAGCAGCAGAGGUUGUAGACUCCUUGCUCAACACAGGCCACCGAGAUGUGAAAUCAAGCAGUUCUGGUGGCCUACAGGGUUGGGUGUCACAUGCGUGUAAAAGUUCCACUGGUAAGAAUGCCACUUCAUGGGUGGAAGCUGCGUUAGGAGCAAAUCUUUCCAAAUUCAGUUUGUUCAGAGCACAAGGCAAUGGUGGAAUUCCAAAUUGUGAGAAAUAUCAUUACAUUGUCAUAGAGAAUACUCCAGUGGAAUUUAACUUGGAAAAUUGCUCACCCCAAAAUAAACAAAAUCCUCCACGACGUAUUCCAGCUGUGAAGAAAAUGAGCACUGGGAUGGAAGAUUGCCCCAAGGAAAGGAGAUUAAAAGAGACAGCAAGUGUAAUAGAAAAACUACUCUUAGUUUCUUGUCAAUGGUUCUUAAAGUACUUGGAGGAUUCCUUAAAUGUGGGGUUCAGAUUGAACAAAGAGGAAGGCAGCUCUGAGAUUGCAUGUUUGCUGGGGCAGCUUAAAAAGGUGAAUCUAUGGUUGGAUGACUUGGUCAAGGGUGGGAUUCCAGUAGAUAAGAGAAUAACGGACUUGAGGAAGAGGUUAUAUCAGUUUGUACUGGAACACGUUGAAUCCGUUGUCUCAAGUAACUAG